AUGUUGCGCACGGUCGCCGUCAAGUCCCAUGUACUGAUGCCAGCUCUGUACCCGAACCUGCAGAGGCUCAGGACAAUUUCUCGCAGCGAUAUCGGCGAGUUUUUUGCGUCUACAUGGACCGCCAUCUAUCAAGUCACGUUUGUGACUGGGCUCCAGACCGUGCUCCGGCUGCAGGGCCGCACGGGUUUCGGAGGCCCAUCGCGGACGAAUAGAGCGACGCAGACGGAUCCGGACAAAGUCAGAUCUGCGGCAGCAAGUUGUUUGCUCGUCGGCGACGUCGAGGACGAUAGGCGCGCCGUCUGCGGGAUUGCACGCGACGCCAUGCAGGUCUCGCUGGCCGACCAGCCGUACAUUGCCUUUCUCUCGGCCUACCCGCACCCGGCCUUUAUAUUAUCCCUCGCAUCCCAGACGCACCCGUCCUUCACGCCCACCUUCGCCAACGCGGCCCUGCGCAGAGUCCUGCUCGGCCCCGAUGCGCGCACGUCAGAGCUGGGCUCGUCCUUCCAAGCAGCCCUCACGUCCGUCGAACAGGCAAGGCGACUUACAAAUUGGGCGUUCCCCUCCGACGCCGGCCUGGAGCAGAUCGCCAGCACGAUCACGCUCGAAUUUAUACCCCAAUGGAUGCCCAAUCCCGAGCCCGUCGUGCUCGAGUUCAGCCAGACGAGAGUCGGGGACGCGCUUAUCUGCACUUCCACACCGCGCUCGGCGCUCCCGCCCUCAGGAACACAGACGCCCAUGCCCUUUCCCGAAUCGCCUGCGUUCGGCAACUACGGGACGGCUUCGAACGCCAAUACCCCGCCGCCGUUUCCGCAAAGAUAUUCGUCUGAUCAGAGCGUUGUCGUUAGAGAUUAUGCAAAGUCGCCGACUGGACAGCAGUGGUUUGAGACCGAGUCGUUUGGACGAAGGGCGGAGAGUUGUGUUGAGCUGCUCGAAGGCUAUCCUUGGGAGAAGACGCCGCUCGGUCCGCGCAAGGAGUGGAGCGACGCACUCAUCGCGUCGGUCACGUACGCGUUGUCGUGUCCUUUCCCUACUUGCGUCCUAUGGGGCACGGAUCUCACUCUGAUCUACAACGAGGCGUAUGCGGAGACGGUUGGAAAUCAACAUCCCGACAUCUUUGGCAAGACCGGGGCUGUAGCAUGGGCGGAGAUUUGGUCUGACAUCGGACCUCUUUCGGAGAGCGUCAUGAAAGGAAAGACGGUACACCGAUUAGACGACCUCUUGUUCGUCAACAGCCUCACAGAGACGAACCUGCCUCAAGAGCAGUACCAGUCAUGGACCUAUGUUCCAGUCCGGGAUAGGGACGGCAAUGCAGUUGGCUUGAUCAAGCAGACAGUCGAGAGGACACAGAAGGUCAUCGCUGACCGGCGCAUGGAGCUCAUACGCGAGCUUAGCACAACUGCUGCAGCAGCACGAACAUAUAACGAGUUUUCAGCGUCUAUCCUCGAAGUUCUCAAGGCGUAUCCCCUGGACGCGCCGUUCGCGGCAAUGUACCAAGCGACUGUGGUUGAAGUCACCUUAGCACCCGAUGCUCGAUCACGCGAGAAGAACCUUCAGGAUCAAGAUCCUCAGCAAGUGCACAUCACUCCGGACACGCCGUACAAGAUCCGUCUUACGCUCAGCGGCACCGUCGGUGUACCCGUUGGUCACGCUUCUGUACCCGUCGCCCAGAGUCUAUACCUCAACACGAAGACGCUGGCAUCGACUGCGCCAGGCGAGGGUCAAUCUCAGCUAUCCAUGUCUCAAUCAGAGCUCGAUGACGUAGAAUCAACCACGGACGGCUUCCCAGCAGUAGCGCCGAGCACAUAUCGGGAUAAGAGCAACUCGUCCGUGGGAAGCUCUAUCGACUCCUUCCGGAUGCGUGCACUCGACGCGGCCGUUGCCGCCGCACCCGCAUCAACCGCGGGCACUGGCACGGGCUCCGGCACCUCCCAAAGCAUUAGGGAAAGCUUCUGGCCCUUUGCAGACGUCUUUGCUGCCAACGCCGCUGUGCAUGUCCCGCAUAUCCCGGCAUACGUCGUGCAGGGUUUCGACGCGCGCGGAUGGAACGAGCAGGCCCGGGAAGCGGUACUCAUCCCGCUCACGGAUUCCACGGUUGCCAAUGGAACGGUGCCGUCUUGCGUGAUCAUCCUUGGGCUCAACAGUCGACGGUCGUACGAUGCGCAUUAUCGGAGCUGGAUGGACCUCGUGCGCAUGAGCUUGAACUCGCUACUCGAAGCCGUCAAAGGGCGCGAAGCGGACAUUGCGCGCGCAACACAACUUGCACAGCUAGACGAGGCGAAGACAGCGUUCUUCUCGAACGCGUCGCACGAGUUCCGUACACCCCUCACGUUGAUCCAAGGGCCUCUCGAAGAUGCUAUACCGUACGUGCGCGAUACGGCGACCAGGGAGAACCUGGAGAUGGCGCUUCGGAAUACGGCGAGGCUCAAGCGACUCGUGGAUUCGCUACUCGACUUUUCAAAGCUCGCCGCCAAGAAACUCACGGGACGGUUCAGGCCCGUCGCUCUAGGUCCAUACACGGCCGACCUAGCGAGCCUCUUCAACAGCGUGAUACAGAAGGCACACGUCAAAUACACGGUGGCGUGCAGACACGACGAUGGCACCGUCGCGUACAUCGAUCCUGAAUUUUGGGAGAAGAUCGUGGUCAAUCUGAUCGGGAACGCCUUCAAAUAUACGCUCGAAGGCGAGAUCAGCGUCAAGUUGGACGUUAAGGACGGGUACAUCCAUCUCACUGUGCAGGAUACGGGCGUCGGGAUACCGGCUGCGGACAUUGACAAAGUGUUUGACCGCUUUCAUCGGGCGAACUCCGUUGGACGCAGCUACGAAGGCACUGGUAUCGGUUUGGCGUUGACUAAGGAACUCGUCAUUCUCCACGGUGGACGUAUCUCGCUCAAGUCUUUGACGGCUGAGGACUCGCCCGACAAUCAUGGCUCCCGCUUCACAGUAUCCAUACCUCUAGGACACGAUCAUCUCCCGCAGGCGCACAUCGACCCGGAUCCGCUCGUGCUCUUUGAUCAUGGGUUGUACAGCAAAGGCAUCAUCGACGAGGCCGUGCACUGGACACAGCCGCGAGGCAUAGACGGCGAUCCGCAUAGCGCGAUGGAUAACAGGAGCGUGAGCUCUGGUAGCGCUACCAGUGGCACUAGUACGACAGCGAGCACCAAACUCGAGGCCAGCACGCUGUUCUUCUCCAGGGCCGACGUCAUCUUGCUUGUGGACGAUAGCACGGACCUGAGGCGGUAUGUGAGAGGGUUGUUGCAGCCGUACUGUACGAUCGUGGAGAGCGAGAACGGCGAGGACGCGUUGAGGAUUAUGAGCGCUGUUCGGCCGAACCUUAUCAUCACCGAUGUCAUGAUGCCGGGCUUGGACGGUUAUGGGUUGAUUGCGAAGUUAAGGGAGAGGCCAGAUACACGUUUGUUGCCUAUCAUCUUGCUUACUGCAAAAGAGACGGCGGAGUCACGGGUGGAGGGCUUACUAUCCGGCGCGGACGACUAUCUCGCAAAACCGUUCAAUGCGAAAGAGCUCAUCGCACGCGCUCACCUCCAGAUGCAGCUGGGCAAGCGUCGGGCACAGCUUGAGACGCUGUUUCAGGCGCGGACAAGGGAGAUCAAGGUGCUUUCCGACUUGUCUCCUGUUGGGCUCUUCAGGGUCAAUGCGAAUGGUACCUUCGUAUACGCGAACCAGCGGUGGGUCGAUAUCACGGGUGUACAUGCAGCGGACGAGGCCUCCUUCGAGUCUAUGCUGAAAACUGUCCAUGACGAUGAUGUGGCGAGAGUCGAGCAGGAGUGGCGCAAGAUUCUCGAAACUCGUCAAUCGGCGUCGUUUGAGCAUGCCUUCAAGAACGGGACUUAUGUACAGCAGCAAUGGGAGCCCUUAUCCAAUGAGGAUGGAGAUUCCGACGGCUUCAUCUGUACGAUCACGGAUAUCACGGCCCAGCGCAAGCUGGAACAGGCGCGCAUCGCCCAUGCGGAAGAGCGCGAGCGGUUCGCACAGGAGCGCGCGGAGCUGGCAGAGAUGCGCCGUAAAGAGGCGGAUGAGCGCCGGCGCGGACAGGAGUUGCUGAUCGACGUCACCAGCCACGAACUGCGGCAGCCCGUGAGCGCGAUCCUAAACUGUGCGAGUGUGCUCCGUGCGAAUCUCGGUGCGCUGCACGAGGAGCUUCAGGAUAGCCAGUUGUACGGGAAGCCGUAUAUGCCGACGGAGAAGCUGUUGCAGAGCAUGGUCGAGGAUCUGGAGGCUAUUGAUGCCAUGUAUCAGUGCGGCUUGGCUCAGGAGCGAAUUGCCAACGACGUCCUGUCGCUUUCGCGCAUUCAGCUGGGGGCGUUGUCGAUUCACCCGGUCGAGUUUCAGCCGGUUGAGGAGACUCGCGGUCUCAUCUCGGUGUUCAAUAAGGAGACCUCGAUGAAACGCAUCUCGAUACUGUUGAAUGUAGGCGAGUCGUUCAAACAGCUGGGCGUCAAGUACGUGCGCGCAGACAAGGCGCGCUUUAGGCAGAUCCUCACAAACCUGAUGAGCAACGGGAUCAAGUUCACGGACAUGUCGUCCACGGCUAGAGAUAUUAUCGUCACGGUCAACAUCUCGCGACGAGAACCAGUCGACGGCGCGGAUUUCGAGCCACCGGAACGGCCCGAGGCGCCGUUGACGGAGCGGGAUUAUGACGAGCCUGUGCCCUUAUAUGUCCACUGUAGCGUCAAGGACUCGGGACCGGGUAUCCAUCCCGACGACUUGGUGCAACUUUUCAAGCGGUUUCAGCAGGGCACGAACUCGGAGAAGACGUUUGGGGGAUCUGGUCUGGGGCUCUUCGUAUCGCGCAAGUUGUGUGACCUCAUGGACGGGAAGAUUAGCGUCACGAGUGUGUUCGGGCAUGGCGCCACCUUCCAGUUUUAUAUCAGGGUAGAAGCCGUUUCUCCGAAAGUGGAACCUCCACGAGUGGCACCGUCGCCGUCUUUGGCGUCCACCAUCAAGUCAAGAGGACUUAACGUGCUGCUCGUCGAGGAUAACCUCAUCAACCAGACCAUCCUGAACCGACAACUCAAGACUCUUGGUUGUACAACCGUGCUUGCUGAUCAUGGACUUCAGGCUAUUGACCGACUACGAGACCGAGCCGCUGCCGGGCAACACUUUGAUGUCAUUUUGAUGGACUGCGAGAUGCCUGUCAUGGACGGCCUGACUGCCACGCGCGAGAUACGAAAGUUGGAAGCCACCGGCAAACUCCCUCGCCGCAGCCUCAUAUUCGCGCUUACUGGGAACGCGCGCGAAGGCCAGAUACAGCUGGCGCUCGACUCUGGGAUGGACAGCGUCAUGAUUAAACCAUAUCGGAUCGACGAACUCAUGUCUAAGGUUCUCGAAGCUACAGCCGACCGUGAUGCGGCGAGCCUGUAG